AUGAGCGACAUGCGAAAACUGUUUCGGCGGCGAGAGAAGAAGCCGUCGACCGCGCUACCAACAUCUGCGCCUCUGGCGGCCUCUGUGCCUCCAAUCUCCGCCCCUUCUACUGUGCCUCCGGUCUCCGUGCCUCCGACCUCUAUGCCUACAUCCUCAGAGAUUCCAAACCGGAAGAAGAUGCUCUCAUUAGGAAUCAAGGCCCUCUACAGCCCAGAGCCCUGUGAUGUUGACAUCGUAUUCAUACACGGGCUAUCUGGCGACAGAGAAAAAACAUGGACUGGUCCCAACCAAAAUGAGCCCUGGCCCAAGACGAUCCUUCCAGACCGGAUUCCAACGGCCCGAAUCCUCGUUUUCGGAUAUGAUGCCAAAUGGCUCAAAGACUCGUCAUCGAGGAACAGAGUCCAGGAACACGCAUCAAACUUACUUGCAUCCCUCGGGCGACAACGAGACGAGGAUAACACGAGCAGUCGACCAAUUAUUUUUGUAUGCCAUAGUCUGGGAGGACUAGUUUGCAUGGAUGCUCUAGUGCUCUCAGAACAGCAAGGCGGACAACAUAAUCUUCCCAAAAUUCAUGAGCAAACAAUUGGCAUUGCAUUUCUUGGCACUCCCCACCAAGGAUCAGACCUCGCUCCUUGGGCUAAGCUUAUUUCACGUUACUUUUUCCCUAUGAGACAGACCAACAGUGACAUCACCGAAGUACUACACCAGCAUUCCGAGGAGCUUGCUAGAAUCCAACAUAGUUUCCAUUUAAGGCUUCAACUACGGCCUCAGCUUGGACUACCCGCAAUAUCCAUCACAUACUUCUUUGAGGAGCUACCCUCGCCCCACCUCGGAGUCAUUGUCCCCAGAGAGUCUGCCACAAGGCCUGGUUGCAACAAUAUUAGCAUACAUGCCAAUCACUCCAACAUGACCAAAUUUGAGGGAGCUGAUGACGAUGGAUUUCUGAAAGUUACUGGCGAGCUCCGCAGAUACAUCGAGGUCGUAAAGCAAGCUGGCUCCAGUACUCGACCAGAUAUAAACGAGCAGGCUAGAAUGGCUUUCACCGUACCUUAUUCCAGCAACGAAAACUUUAUUGGACGUAUAGAUAUCCUCCGGCAACUAGAAUCAUGCUUCGAUCUAAGUAACAUUAACCGCACUUGGCAACCUAGAAUAGCCCUGUACGGGCUCGGAGGUAUUGGAAAAACACAAAUUGCUAUCCAGUUCACGUACUGGCUGCGAUAUCAUUUCCCUGACGUGGCUGUAUAUUGGGUACAUGCAAGCAAUGCUGAUCGCUUCCGUCAGUCUUUCACUUUGAUCGCGCAAGAGUGUGGCAUUCCUGGUCUAGAUGAUCCUGAGAAUGAUGUGUUGCCACUACUUAAGGCUUGGCUAGGGAAGAAGGACAACGGACGGUGGCUUAUGGUGAUAGAUAAUGCCGACGAUGAAGCCCUAUUUACAACGCAUCAUCAAACUUCAGCAUCUUCUUCAAGAAGUAGUGGGAACUUGGGAGGAUUUAUUCCCGAUUGCGCGAAUGGAAACAUACUAAUAACGACUAGGAACAAGAAAGCUGGAUCAAGGCUUACCAAAGGGAAACAACUGAUUGAAAUCGGCAAAAUGGACAUCUCGGAUUGCGUAAACCUGUUACGUCUUCAGCUUGACGACUCUGCAUCUACAGAAUCUAUCGGCCGGCUUUCUGAACAGCUCGAAUAUAUCCCUCUUGCUUUGGUCCAAGCGGCAGCCUUCAUAAGAGAAAAUGCUGUAUCAAUUGAUUAUUACUUGAAGCUUUUGAUGGAAAGGCCAGUCGACCUCCUAGGUGAAGAGUUUGAGGCCGUGGGACGAGACGAAGAAAGUUUGCAUGCCGUUGCUGCAACUUGGAUGAUUUCCUUUCAACAAAUUCAACAGCGAAAUCCACUAGCCGGAGAGCUCUUGUCACUGAUGUCAUUCUUUGAUCGUCAAGAAAUUCCCCGCGUAUUUUUGCUCAAUUACUAUGAACGCCGCAACGAGGGAAAGGACGGAGCCCUUGAAGUGACAAAAGCCAUCGGGCAUUUGCUCAGCUUCUCUUUGAUCAGAGAAGAAGCGAGCCAAAACAUUAACAUCCACCGACUUGUGCAAAUAACCACCCGGAAGUGGCUCAGUAUUCUGCAUCAUGAAAACGCUUAUGAAGGGGAGGCACUUUUAACGGUGUUGAAUAUGUUCCCAGAUGGACGAAAUGUUGAAAAUUGGUCAACUCGCACCGCAUACCUCGCGCACGCUCAAGUGGUCAGAAGCUUAACGUCACCCAUAAGGGAUAGAGAGGCGAAAAGGGCAUGCCUUGUCACAAAAAUUGGGAUCUUUUUUCGCGAGGAAGGCCGAUGGAAGGAGGCUGAAGAGGCACAUAAGGAAGCCGCGAUGAUCUGCAGAGAAAUAUUUGGCGAGGAGGACCGCAACACGCUGAACAGUAUGGGCAACCUAGGCUUGAUUUUCCGCUCUGUGGGCCGAUUGGAGGAAGCCGAGAGACUACAAAUCAAGAUCCUGGAUCUGUGUAAGAGAGUUCUUGGCGAAGAAGAUCCUGACACAUUAAUAAGUACAAACAAUCUAGCCUCCACCUUCUGGGAUCAGAAGCGCUUUGAGGAAGCCGAGCAGCUGGAGACAAAAGUCCUACAGCUGCGUAAUUUAGCCUUAACGUUGUGGGAUCUAGGGCGACUAGAGGAAUCUGAGCAGCUACAGACCAAAGUUCUGGACCUGUGUGAAAAAGUUCAUGGCCAGGAACACCCUACCACACUAAAUAGUAUGGGCAAUUUAGCUUUAAUCUUCCAGCAACAGGGUCGAUUUGAGAAAGCUGAGCAGCUACAGAUCAAGGUCCUGGAGCUGCGUAAAAGGGUCCUUAGCGAGGAACAUCCUGACACGCUAAACAGUAUGAGUCACCUCGCACACACGUGGAGAAAAAUGAACCGAUCAAAUGAGGCGAUAGAGAUUAUGAUGGAAUGUAUGACGCUCCAGAAAAAGAUCAUUGGCGGAGAUCAUCCUCGAACGCUGGCAUCUAUCAAAGCCAUAGAUUAUUGGCUUUCUUCUCCAAAAGUUGCAUCCACUGCACUAGAACAAGAGCAUUGUUAA